GCGUAUUUCUUUGGUGUCUUUUAUGUCCCAACAGUUUUAAGCUUUAGUGAAACUGUGAAUAAGAUGAAGAAAAUAGUUAGACGGAGCAAUAUUAGCUUAUCCGUACGCUCAUUGCGUCUUAUUUUGACAUGCAGGCAAGCCGACGGAACUAGCUAUCCUAUCACUUGUUCAUCCACUAGUGAAGCGGUCAGCGCGAACAUGGUACCCGGUCGUCAGCGGCAACAGCGGCCGCGGUCCGUAACUACUACCCGCCUUCGCCUCGGCUCCGCUGCGAGGGAGCCGUAAGCGAGUAUGUCCACGUUGCUCCUUCCACUACCACCAGCACGUCCACUGGCACGAUGUAUUUCAACCGGGGGACCAAGAAGAUCCACAGCGAGGGAGCCUCGCCUCUGUCUCAUCAAUCCAACGGCGCAGGACCCGCUUGCUCGUCGGCCGGCUACCACAAGGCAGAUGAUGAGAUGUCCGGCACCACGUCGCAGGCGGAGCCCGUAGACGCCACGGCGCGCGCCGUGCUGCUCAACCGGACCCAGAGCACCAAGUUCUGCGACAACCACGUCAGUACCACCAAGUAUGGCGUCCUCUCCUUUCUUCCCCGCUUCAUGUACGAGCAGAUCCGGAGGGCCGCCAACGCCUUCUUCCUCUUCAUCACACUCAUGCAGCAAAUCCCCGACGUCUCCCCGACCGGCCGCUACACCACGCUGGUGCCGCUCAUCUUCAUCCUCACCGUGGCUGGCAUCAAGGAGAUCAUCGAGGACUACAAACGACAUAAAGCGGACAACACAGUCAACAAGAAGAAGACCACCGUGUUGCGUAACGGAGCAUGGCAGACCAUCAUCUGGAAGCAGGUCGCGGUCGGAGACAUCGUGAAGGUGACCAACGGCCAGCAUCUUCCGGCCGACAUGGUUAUCGUGUCCUCCAGUGAACCUCAGGCCAUGUGCUACACGGAGACCUCCAACCUGGACGGGGAAACCAACCUGAAGAUCCGACAGGGUCUCCCGCUCACGGCGGGCCUCCAGACACUCGAGGACCUGUUGUCGUUAUCUGGCAUUUUGGAGUGCGAAGGUCCCAACAGACAUUUGUACGACUUCACCGGAACCCUGCGGCUGGAAAAUCAAAAAGCUGCUCCUCUGGGCCCAGACCAGGUCCUACUCCGCGGCGCCCAGAUCCGGAACACCCAGUGGGUGGUGGGAAUCGUCGUCUACACCGGCCACGACUCCAAACUCAUGCAGAACUCCACCAAGGCGCCCCUGAAGCGCUCCAACGUGGAGCGGGUGACCAACAUGCAGAUCCUGGUGCUGUUUGGCAUCCUGCUGGUCAUGGCUUUGGUCAGCUCGGUGGGCGCCGCCAUUUGGAACAGGCAGUACACCGAGGAGGCUUGCUGGUAUCUGUCCCGGCAAGGUGACAUCUCCACCAACUUUGCAUACAACCUGCUGACCUUCAUCAUCCUGUACAACAACCUGAUCCCCAUCAGCCUGCUGGUCACUCUGGAGGUGGUCAAGUUCACGCAGGCCCUCUUCAUCAACUGGGAUGUGGAGAUGUACUACGCCGAGACGGACACGCCAGCCGUGGCUCGAACGUCCAACCUGAACGAGGAGCUGGGCCAGGUGAAGUAUUUGUUUUCGGACAAAACAGGAACGCUCACCUGCAACGUCAUGCACUUUAAAAAGUGCACCAUAGCGGGAAUCACUUACGGCCACUUCCCCGAUCUCGACUGCGAUCGUUCCAUGGAGGACUUCAGCAAUCUGCCAUCCAACAGUAACAACUCCACCGAGUUCGAUGACCCGGCUCUCAUCCAGAACAUUGAGAAAGGCCACCCGACCUCCCCUCAGAUCUGCGAGUUCUUGACCAUGAUGGCCGUGUGCCACACGGUGGUGCCCGAGCGCAACGACGACCAGAUCAUCUACCAGGCCUCCUCGCCAGACGAGGGCGCUCUAGUCAAGGGGGCCAAGGGUCUGGGCUUCGUCUUCACGGGCCGGACGCCCGAUUCGGUCAUCAUCGAAGCCAGAGGCAAGGAGAUGAGCUACCAGUUGCUGAACGUGUUGGAGUUUUCCAGUAACCGCAAGCGCAUGUCGGCGGUGGUGAGGACCCCAAACGGGCGGCUGAGGCUCUAUUGCAAAGGAGCGGAUAAUGUCAUCUUUGAACGUUUGACCGAGGACUCUCAGUACAAAGACUUGACCAUCGCUCACUUGGAGCAGUUUGCCACGGAAGGCCUGAGAACUUUGUGUUUCGCCUACGUGGACCUGCGGGAGGACGCCUACCAGGAGUGGCUGAAAAAAUACUACGACGCCAGCACUGUACUCAAAGACCGGGCGCAAAAACUGGAGGAGUGCUAUGAACUACUGGAAAAGAAUCUGCUGCUGCUGGGCGCCACCGCCAUCGAGGACCGCCUCCAGGCCGGCGUCCCCGAAACCAUCGCCACGCUGAUGCGGGCCGACAUCAAGAUCUGGGUCCUGACCGGGGACAAGCAGGAGACGGCCAUCAACAUCGGCUACUCGUGCCGCCUGGUGACGCACGGCAUGUCCCUCAUCAUCGUCAAUGAGGACUCCCUGGAUGCCACCCGCUCCACGCUAACCGAGCACUGCUCAUCCCUGGGCGACUCCCUGCGAAAAGAGAACGAGCUAGCGCUGAUCAUCGACGGCCAGACCCUCAAGUACGCUUUGUCCUUCGAGCUGCGCCAGGCCUUCCUGGACCUGGCCCUAUCGUGCAAGGCCGUCAUCUGCUGCCGAGUGUCGCCCCUGCAAAAGUCUGAAAUCGUGGACAUGGUGAAGAAGCACGUGAAGGCCAUCACGCUGGCCAUCGGCGACGGCGCUAAUGACGUGGGCAUGAUCCAGACGGCGCACGUGGGCGUGGGCAUCAGUGGCAACGAGGGCAUGCAGGCCACCAACUCCUCCGACUACUCCAUCGCGCAGUUCUGCUACCUGGAGAAGCUGCUGCUGGUGCACGGCGCGUGGAGCUACAACCGUGUGACCAAGUGCAUCCUCUACUGCUUUUACAAGAACGUGGUGCUUUACAUCAUCGAGUUGUGGUUCGCCUUCGUCAACGGCUUCUCGGGCCAGAUCCUCUUUGAGCGCUGGUGCAUCGGCCUGUACAAUGUGAUAUUCACGGCCCUGCCGCCGUUCACUCUGGGCAUCUUCGACCGGCCGUGCAGCCAGCAGAACAUGCUGCGCUUCCCUCAACUCUACCGGAUCACCCAGAAUGCCGAGGGCUUCAACACCAAGGUGUUCUGGGGUCACUGUAUCAACGCACUGAUUCACUCGAUUAUUCUCUUUUGGUUUCCUCUCAAGAUGUUGGAGCACGACUCGCCCUUCAAAAGCGGUCAAGGCAAUGACUACCUUUUUGUUGGCAACAUGGUCUACACGUACGUCGUGGUCACAGUGUGUCUCAAAGCCGGAAUGGAGACCACCGCUUGGACCCGGUUCUCCCACCUGGCCGUGUGGGGGAGCAUGCUCCUGUGGCUGGUCUUCUUUGGAGUCUACUCGUCCAUCUGGCCCACCUUCCCCAUGGCCCCCGACAUGCUUGGCCAGGCUGGCAGCGUGAUGCAGUGCUGGUACUUCUGGUUAGGUCUGCUCCUGGUGCCCGCCGUCUGUUUGCUCAAGGACUUUGUUUGGGCGGCGACGCGUCGGUCGGUGAGGAAGUCGCUGCUGGAGGAAGUGCAGGAGCUGGAGGCUCGCGCCGUGGACCCGGGCGCCGCCGUGCUCAGGGACGCCAGCGGACGCAGUCUAAACGAACGUGCCCAUCUGCUGACAAGAGUCUUUAGGAAGACGCCGUCCAGCAUCGGACGCUCCAACUCGCUGCAGCAGCCUGUCACGCAUGGCUACGCCUUCUCCCAGGAGGAGCACGGCGUGGUGUCCCAAUCGCAGGUGGUGCGCUCGUACGACACCACCCGCCAACGGCCCAGCAUCUAACCCCCGGCCGGGGACUCUGAGCGUAUGGAUUAUUCCGGACUACGCUUUCAAGCACCACAAGUCAGAGACUGCGAAACCUGAUUGGUGCGUUCCGCUGUACUCGCCUGUGCAUGUGUGCGCGUGUGUGUGUGUGUGUGUGUGUCAACCAACCCACUCAACCACCCAAGCACCCACCCACCCCUCGCAAUUCAGUCAUCACAUGCCGAAAUCAGAAGGGAACUGUGGGUUGGGGGGGGGGGUCACGUCCAAAUAAACAUGCACGGAUGAAUUCCAUUCCGAGCGCUGCCAAACGCCACAGGGGAUGCGACUGAGGCGGAACGUUCGGACUCCCGCCCACCACCCGGACCCCCCCCCCCCCCCCCCUCCCCUGCCCUCUCCACCUUUCCCAACCAACUAGUGGAACAUCCAUCUUCCUUAUCGCCUCACUUCCUAUCUUGCCCAUCUUUUUUUUUUCUGUCUGUCUUUUGGACUCAAAAGUCCCACAGAAGGAAUGUUGGACUUGACCUCGUUUUGGCGAGCCGUUAUUUGAUGUCCUACUAAUGCACUGAAUUGUCCCUUUACUCUUUGUCCUCACUAGUAGGAAGAUUCGACGCACUAAUAUAAUUAUUGACUCAAUUGAAGAAGGAGCGAGGCGCACUCACCCGCGUGUUGUGGUGCUCGGACAAUUCAGCGCAGGAGUAGGCUAGGGCGGAAAGAGCGCAUCCAAAUCGACAAAAAGGGGUUCUUUUUGCUCUGGUGUAUUUUGUUUGUGGUUUUUUGUUUCUUUAUGUGGCGUCUUGCUGUGUGGACGGUGCUCUGCUUCAGGAAUGACGACUUGUAGAGAGGGGACGCAUUGUCCCGUCUGUCCGUCCGAGUCCUAAUCAUUAAAUCCAAUCAAUCCCGAAA